AUGACCGCUAAGCUUGCAAGGACACGGAGGGCGGAUCUGUGGAUGAUGAUGCUGAGGAAGCUUCCGAUCACUGAAUCUGCAAGGAUGCAGCGGAGAUUCUUCGCUGCAGCAGCAACGGCCGUAAGCAAGAACACACACACUGCCGUGUGCAGCACUGCACGUGUGUGGUCUGGCUCUGUUUGCUUGCUGCAGGCCGUCAGGAAGACUGCGUUAUACGACUUGCACGUGGAGCUUGGCGGCAAGAUGGUGGACUUCGCCGGCUGGAUGCUGCCCGUGCAGUACACAGACGGCAUCAUCAAGUCGCACCUGCACACCCGCUCCAACGCCUCCCUCUUCGAUGUGUCCCACAUGGGCCAGGUGCGGCUGUUCGGCAAGGACAGGGUGGCCUACCUGGAAGGCCUCGUGGUGGGCGACAUUGCUAGCCUUCAGCCGACUGAGGGGCGCCUGACGCUCUUCACCAAUGAGAGGGGCGGCAUCAAGGACGACUCGAUCGUCACGGCUCAGGAGGACUAUCUGCACCUGGUGGUCAACGCUGCCUGCACCGAAAAGGAUGUGGCGCACAUGAGGGAACACCUCGCGAAGGCCAAGGCCAAAGGUAGGAUGGAACAGGCAGGCACCACAAUGCGGUCAGACAGAGAGGUGUGGGUGUAUCGUCUUGCUUGUCAGGGAUGGAUGUGGAUAUGACCUUGCUUGAAGACAAGUCGCUGCUGGCGCUCCAGGGCCCCGAGUCGAUGUCGACUCUGCAGCGAUACGUGCCUCCAGGCACCGACCUGACCAAGAUGCCCUUCAUGACGUCACAAGUUCUCACCGUCGACGGCAUCCCUGACUGCACCGUCACCAGAUGCGGAUACACGGGAGAAGACGGAUUCGAGGUCAGCCAGGGACAGAGUGACCGUGCUACCGUGCCUGUGUCCAUCCGGUCGAUGCGAUGCAUGUUCUCUUGUGUGUGCAGAUCUCCGUGCCGAGCGAGCAUGCCGUCAAGCUGGCCAGUACACUCUUGAGCAAUGAGGCCGUCCAGCCAGCCGCACUUGGCGCAAGGUACGGUACACGAACAAUGGUGGUGGACACACACACACACACACACAUCCUCUAGUGAGUGCUAAAUGUACGUGGGCUGUCUGUCUGUCUGUGUGUGUAGGGAUUCGUUGCGUCUGGAGGCGGGUCUGUGUCUGUAUGGCCACGACGCCGACGAGGACACCACACCCGUGGAGGCCGCACUCGUCUGGACCGUCGGUAAGAGAGGACACACAUCGACCUGUGUUCAUAGCUAAUCCAACAGACAGACUGAUCCAUGACAAUAAAUGUGGAUACAUACGGGGUGUUUGUCUAUCAAUAUGUAUGUCUUUAGGGAAGCGGCGUCGGGCCGAGGGAGGCUUCCUGGGUGCCGACACGAUUAUCAGCCAGAUCAAGAAUGGCGUCAGCAGGAAGCGGGUCGGACUCACCACAACCGGACCGCCAGCAAGAGGUGACACCUGAAGACACGACACGAUCCCCAACCACGCACCGAUGUGAUGUGUCUGCCCUUGGUGGUGUGUUCAUUGUGUUGCUAGAGGGGGCUGACAUCCUGUCUCCUGAUGGCGAGAAGAUCGGCAAUGUGACGAGCGGCACCUUCUCGCCAUCGCUGUCCAAACCCAUUUCCAUGGGAUAUGUGCAGACGCCCUUUUCCAAGGUGGAUGGGGAUGGCUGCAGUGCACGAACUCACAACUUGUGUGUAUACGGGCGUGGUGAUGGAUUGAUGUACGUGUGUGCGUCAAUCGAUCAGGUUGGCACGAAGGUAUUGCUGGAGGUUCGCGGCAAGAGCCGGGAGGCCGAGGUGGUCAAGAUGCCAUUCGUGCCCUCCAGCUACUACAAAGUGCCGUGAGCACCCGUCGAGUGGACUGACGAUGCAGGCGAUGCCGGCAAAUUGGGGGGAAUACAUGUGUGCAUGUGCUUGUCGUGAAUGGCUGAUUGUUUGUAUCAUACAUACUGCUGAUGUCGUGCUCACUCACUCACCUUCGUGAGAGUCGACUUUUGUCCCACAGCAUCCAUCCCAUCGAUGGAUGGAUGGAUUCGUUUUGCCCCAUGGCUGCUCGUUUCAAUGUCUUCAUCGAUUGAUUGCCCUCAGGAGAGUCUAUUGUGUGUUCAUGCUGUGCAUCGAUCGCACCCAUUCAUUCAUCCAGCGAGAGUUUUUUCAUGCCUUCACUCACUGAUGACCUUGAGUGCUUCCUGCGUGCUGUGUGCAUCGCUUGCUGCCCUUCUACAUGUGCUGUCGUGGGGCAGACAGACAGUUUUCCAGACGAGUGUUCAACGGACCAGACGUUGCAUGGAUGGAUGUCGACACAUGACCAUUUUUCUUCUCAACGCUGCAUACAUGUCUGCAUGUCUGUCAAGUAGCCAACGAGGCAGCC